CAGAUUCUGAUGCCACGUGUGAGGGAGACCGUUGAUCUCCACCGAUGGAUUGCAUAUGGUACAACUCCGAAACCGAAAAAUGGCGGCUUUCUUCCUCUCUCUCCCCUCCCUCCCCUUCGCUCACUCUCUCUCACUCUAGAAAGCAGCAGCAGCUGCUGCAGCUGCCUUGGUUGGCUCGAUUUUAAUUUUUUGUUUUUCUUUUCUUCUGCUGUCAAUGCCCCCCGCCAUCGCGCGAUUCGUCGCGAUCGCGGCGGUGUUGCUGUGUGGCCAUGUCGCGGUGGCCGCUGAGUCCGGCGGUGUCGGCGGCGGCAGUGCGAGGAGGGUGCUGCAUCAGCCCCUCUUCCCCAUUGAGUGGACUCCUCCACCAUCGCCGCCGCCGCCGCCUGCACCGGAUUUUACCUCCGACCCCAGCACUCCGCCGGCGCCUGACGCGCCUUCCGGCGACUUCUUCCCUCCGGCGCCACCGACCACGACGACGCCGACGAGCCCCGGAACGACUCCCUCCCCGACCACCGUCGCCGCCGACGUCUCGAAAACUCCGUCGGGGUCCGGCUCGGGACACCACGGAGGCGGCCCUACGAAGGCGACCAUAGUCGCUGCCGGGGCGGGCGCGGCUGCCGCCGUCGCGCUGCUCGGCUUCGCCUGCGCGUUCCUGAUCACCGGCCGCGCCCGCCGCCGCGGCGACUCGCAGAAGCUGCUCGGCCCCGACCGUGCCGGCGCGCAUCGCAGCGCCGCCACCUCCGCCGCCGACUUCCUCUACGUCGGCACGGUGGAGCCCACCACCCCCGCGCGCCACCACGGGCCCACCACCGCCGAUCUCGUGGGGUCCCCGUACCGCAAGCUGCGCAGCGAGCGGGCGCGGCGCGGGGUGAGCCGCGACGAGGACGCCGACCACCCGAGCCCGGAGCUCCGCCCGCUCCCGCCGCUGCGGCGCGCCGCAACGCUGGGCUCCUCCGACGAGGACGGGUACUACACGCCGCGGCAGCUCUCCGGGGGCUCCGGUGGGGGCGGCGCCGCCGAGGCCUGGAGCUCGGCGAGCGCGUCCAGCCCGCCCACCACCACCACGGCCUCACGCCGCAGCCUCCCCAGCAUGACCAGCGACUUCUUCCCCCCGGUCGCUGCCAUCGCCGCGCCACCCGCCCCGCCCCCCGCGCGCUCCCGCCGCACGCCCCCGCGCACGCGCUUCUCCACGGGCUCCACCCCCGACACCAAACAGGUGACCUCGCCGUCACCGCGGCCGGUGCAACCCUCCAAUGCACCCCCACCUCCACCUCCACCGCCACCUCCCCCACCACCACCGCCACCGCCGAAGUUGAAUACAGCGCCGAAACCACCUCCACCACCACCACCACCACCAUCCGUGCCGUCAAACAACAAUCUCCCAAAGCCGGCGGAGCCGCCGGCCGUGCCGACAUCGAGGCGCCGGUUGCUCAAGCCUCUGCCACCCGAAGGGCCGCGCAUUGCCAUGCCGAUGCCGAUCACCGCGGCGACGACGGUGGACAACAACGGGAGCACGUCAAUGCGGGAAGGGGACAACGCCGCCGCCGACGACGGGGGCAGCGGCGAGCCCCGGCCGAAGCUGAAGCCGCUGCACUGGGACAAGGUGCGGGCGACCUCCGACCGCGCCAUGGUCUGGGACCAGCUGAAGUCAAGCUCAUUCCAGUUGGACGAGGACAUGAUCGAGGCGUUGUUCAUGAACAACUCGACGCCGGCCGCGCCGCCGAGAGAGGUCGGGAGGAAAGCCGCCGGAGUGCCGUCGUUCCGGCAGGAGGAGAGGGUGCUCGACCCCAAGAAGGCGCAGAACAUCGCCAUCCUGCUGCGCGCGUUGAAUGUCACGCGUGAGGAGGUCUCGGAUGCACUGUUGGAUGGCAAUGCUGAAUGCCUGGGGAGUGAACUUUUGGAAACAUUAGUCAAGAUGGCUCCUACUAAAGAGGAAGAACUGAAACUACGAGACUACAGUGGUGACUUAUCGAAACUUGGUUCUGCCGAGCGCUUUCUAAAGGCUGUGUUGGAUAUACCUUUUGCCUUCAAAAGAGUUGAUGCAAUGCUAUACCGAGCCAAUUUUGAGACUGAAAUAAAUUACCUAAGAAACUCUUUUGAAACUCUGGAGGCUGCUUGUGAAGAUCUUAGAGGCAGUAGGUUGUUCCUAAAACUCCUUGAAGCAGUGCUGAGAACCGGAAACCGGAUGAAUGUUGGGACAAAUAGGGGUGAGGCUAAAGCCUUCAAGCUUGAUACUCUCCUGAAACUAGCAGAUGUCAAGGGCACUGAUGGUAAAACCACAUUGCUCCAUUUUGUCGUCCAAGAAAUUAUUCGGUCAGAAGACGCAAAAUCUGAAAAAGAAAGUGCCAUGAUUAGUAGCUCUAAAGAUGACCGUAAGCAUGGUCUCAAGGUUGUAUCUGGGCUCAGCAGCGAGCUUGGAAACGUCAAGAAAGCGGCUACCAUGGACUUCGAUGUGCUUCAUGGUUAUGUCAAUAAGCUAGAAACAGGUCUUGAAAAGAUCAAGUCAGUCUUGCAACUCGAGAAAAAAUGCACUCAAGGCCAGCGAUUCUUUAUGUCAAUGCAAGACUUUCUGAAGGAAGCUGAAAGGGAGAUAGAGAGAGUCAGAGGUGAGGAGAGGAGAGCUUUGGGGAGAGUGAAGGACAUCACUGAGUACUUCCAUGGCGACACCGCGAAAGAGGAAGCGCAUCCUCUGAGGAUAUUCAUGGUGGUGAGGGACUUCCUGUCAACGUUGGAUCAAGUUUGCAGGGAGGUUGGCCGGAUGCAGCAGGACAGAACAGUCAUUGGUGGAUCGGCUAGGUCAUUCCGCAUCUCAGCAACAUCCUCAUUGCCAGUUCUAAGUCUCUAUGGACAACGGAGAGAAAACAACUCCGAUGAUGAUAGUUCAUCGUCAUAGGGUAAGAAGGAUAAGGAACAUACUGAAUUUUGGAAUGAACAUAGACGCACAAACUUUUACAGCUUAUAGCAGAUGCAGCAAAUGCUACAUUGCUGCUACAAUGACGAUGACAAAGGAAGCACAUGUGUACCGUGGGGAACACCAUGUUUAGGAGAGAUCAGGGGUUUAUACACUUGGAUCAUGUGGAAAUUCUUUUGUACAAAAGAAUAAUAAUUAUAACAAAGCUCUUUUUGUUGAGUAAUUUGCAAUCAGCAGGCUGAGAAAAGAGUCUCACUUCAGUAGUAUCUUGCAGUUGCUUGCAAGAUAACUGCAAUCUUCUUAUGUAAUUAUUAUAUUCAUCUAGUUUGCCAACUAGUAACUAUAACCUGGAGACCAUUCACAGAUGGUAAUCUUUAGUCUGUGCCCAUAAUCUGUUGUUGUCUUAAAAAAAUGAAGCAACUUAUAUUCAGGCCUUCUCUGCA